AUGUCCUUUGCCAUGCUGCGCUCAGCACCCCCCAGCCGAUACCUAUACCCCGAGAUCAGCAUGCUGUCAGAGGACGAUGAGAACGGCAGUGAGAGUUCAGGCUCGGAUGAGAAGCCCUACCACCUUGAUACUGAUGGCUUUGGCCUCAAGGGUUCUAAGCGGCGUGCAGGAGGCAAGAAGGGGAGUAGUAGUGGGGGGCGUCUGAGCCGAGAGCCCCGGCAGAGGCACACAGCCAAUGCCCGAGAGCGGGACCGCACCAACAGUGUCAACACUGCCUUCACUGCCCUGCGCACCCUCAUCCCCACAGAGCCUGCAGACCGCAAACUGUCCAAGAUUGAGACGCUGAGGCUGGCAUCCAGCUACAUCUCCCACCUGGGCAACGUGCUGCUGGUGGGUGAGGCCUGUGGAGAUGGGCAGCCCUGCCAUUCCACACCAGCCUUCUAUCACCAUGCUGGUGGAGCUAGUCCUCCACCACCACCUCCACCACCCCGGGACAGUGAGAACUCCCAGCCCAAACAGAUCUGCACCUUCUGCCUCAGCAACCAGAGAAAGUUGAGUAAAGACCGGGACAGGAAGACUGCGAUUCGGAGUUAG